AUGUCAGUAUUUUUGUCAAGGAUUCAAGAAAUGCAAAACAAGUUAAAGCAAUUGGGUGAAGAGAUCUCCGACAAGCUUGUUAUAACAAAAAUAUUAAUGUCUCUGCCGGACCAAUACAAACAUUUUGUCUCAGCGUGGGAGUCUGCACCUGACCAUAAGCAAACAUUUGACAAUUUAGUGGCCAGGUUGUUAGUUGAAGAAGAAAGGGUGAAGGAGAAGAAUUAUGAUCCAGAGCAGGCAUCAUCAUCUGCAUUUAUUGCCCGGAACAGGAGUGGUGUAAAAUGUUUCAACUGUGGGAGACUUGGACAUGUUCAAAGUGAGUGUAGAAGUAAGAACAAUAAAAAUAACAGUGAAGAAAAAAAUGAACAAUAA